AUGUCUUCGCAUACCAUUUCAAUUGUGCUCUUGCUCAUCGUCUGCUCAGCCGUCGUUUUCUCGUACUCGGUGCUCCCAGGAAACCGAGCAUACCGAUUAUUACGCUCGACGAGGAGCAACGACUACAUCGACGACAGUGUGAUUCCCGUUGAAGAGCUGCGCCUCAAACGAAGCGAAGAAAUGAUCGAUCCAUUUUCGAAGCGGACGAAUCUCAAGCGUCUAGUGAUACUGUCGGCCCGCGGAUUCGGCAAACGAUGA